AUGGCGGAGGUCGGUUUCCCAAAAGGGCCGAGUGUCAGUGCUCUUGUUCUGGCACCUGAUGAAAAGCUUCUCAAGAAAUUCUCAAAAUUUGAUUUGCUAAAAGAUGCGAAUCGAAUCAAGAUUUGCCCGCCGUACAGUACGUGGGGUGUUGAACAGAGCGGUGUGCAGAGCGGUGGGCAGAGCGGUGGGCAGAGCGGUGGGCAGAACGGCAUGUCGAAAUAUGACGAGCCGAGGCAGGCUGGUUCCUCGAGCGUCGAGUCGUUCCUUGCUGCUGCUGUGAAGGAGUACUUGAUGGGCAGAGACAUCGGCGGCAGAACGGCUAAGGACGUGUGCUUCGAGAUUUUCGGAAAGAGGGUCGGGGACGUGUAUGCGCUUGCCCGUAAUGUGGGUGAUCUACAUGGCCAGCAGAAGAGAGGGUGUGUGGUUCAAGUGCUGUCAUGCAAGUCUUUGAGACCGAAGGAUUUGGAGGAGUUGUGCGAAUUGGUGCCUGAAGAGUGGUUGCCGGUCAUGAAAGAUUCGGUGGUAGAUGAUGUGGACCUCGAGGCAGGUCAGGAGAAAAACCCGAGCAGGUGCGUUCGUUGGGGGGUGGGGCUGACGGCGAGUCUGGGUACCAUUGCGGGUGUCGGGUUACUGACCUGGGCGGCGUAUCAGGCGUUCACUUCAGGCAUCAUAGGCUUUGGGCGGGCGAAGAAAGGAGUUCCGCGGCGGAUGCGUCGGCCUCCCGUGAACUUGACGGCGCUGGUAUGUCCCGACGACCUAGCCCAGAUUACGGGCUGUUCUCACCCCGGCAUGGAGACUCCCGGCCAACUCAUUGCGAGCUCUGACGGUAUUUUAGAUCGAAAAGUUGCCAUCGCAUGUGCUAGCAGUAGUGGUGCUAUCAAGUUUGUAGAAGAUAAGCUUCAUCCGAACUACUGCCACUUCUUCGGAUCUCCCUAUCCGUACGACUUUCCCGCCGUCUGGGAUGCCACCCGGGACCACUCGUUUCAUUCUAAGUCCGGUUUGGCUUACGCUUGCUGCAAAACCUCGAGGUCAGCGGCCAAUGACAAAUACCGCGCCAUUAUAGCCAAAUUCGAUCCGGAAUACCCUAUACCCACCCUGGAGAUGUAUAUAAAGAUGUAUAAAGACAACAUGACGCUCCUCAACGAGACACUGCCCGAGACGCGCCUCAACAAGACACUGCCCGAGGCGUUCCUCAACGAGACAAUGCCCCCGAAGCUCCUCAGCGAGGCGCUGAGCAAGAAAGCGAACAUGCUUCUCGCACACCACCCACCAAUCCCCGGCUGCGUCGGCGCCUGUGAAAAUUGCCUUCGAAACGACUUCGAGGUCCUCGAAAGCUGCACUUGCGCGUUCGCCACUCUUCAGUGUGUCGUCACGGAUAUGAUACACAACAAGACGGGUGAGUUUCGACUGGCUGACUUCGACACCACACUCCCGAAGCUGUUCGCCGGCAUGACUGGGUUCUACGAGCGGGACUGGUUCGUUCGGAAAUGUUCCUACCACUGCCACCGCUAA